AUGUCCACCGAGCCACCGUCGCAGCUUCGCACCGCCCUUCGGCCAGUUCAGGUGAAGUACGUUCCUCUGCCCGCUCCACUCCCACCAUUGGGCGAUAACCCCACCACAAUGACCGCUGCUGAAGACAUGCGUGCACCCUGCCGCCGUUGCCUCCUCGACGCCAGCCCAGGAGAGCAAGUCCAUCUCAUCGGCUAUGACCCUUUCCCUGUCGACAGCAUCACGCCUUACCGAGGGACUUAUGCAAUUUUUGUCCAUGCUCAUGAGUGUUCUCCUUUCACUGGUACAACUUUGCCAGACAGGCAGUUGAAGAGACUGCAAGCCUCAAGGGCAUUCGACGAGAACCACCUGUUGGUGGCAUCGGAGAUUGUGAACGAAGGUGAAUUUGAGAAAGUUGUUGGGGGAAUGUUGGCGGAUGAGAAAGUGAGCUAUGUCAACGUGUACAACGCGAAGCCAGGUUGCUUUGCAGUCCAGGUUAAGAGGAGCUAA